UUGUUGCGGACUCGCCGAGCUGCCUCUGAUUGGUCCCGCCACCUAACACCCGAACCCAAGGACCUGUUGUGUUCCCAACUAAUGGGCAACUGGAACGAGACAACGUGCUUUUAUCAAUCUGUGAAAAAUAUAUUUGAAUUGGGCCACACUUCCAAAUCAUAUAGAAAACGCAAAACGACACAACAAAGGUUGUGGCAUAGCAUGGAGAGAGAGAACCUUGAGCACGUGCCCCUAACAACCACCCCUGUGCUGUGCCUCCAUUACUUAUUCCCGAUGCAUGUUGAACGGUGGAGGCAAAAACGUGGUUUCCAUUGUGGUCUGUUCGUCUUUUUUUUCCAUUUCGUAUCUUUUCUUCCGGGAAAGAUCUCGGGGUCUUUGGAGAAAGCUUUCAUGUAUGAUAGGAAUUCUAGGAGGAUCGGCAUGUUAUUCGACGUUCAACUGACAUCAAUCAAUUCCGACAACCUCCUCGCAAAACGAUCAUGCGAUCCAGGGCAAAAUCCCCCGCUACAUGAGCUGAGAUAUAGCAGGGAACUAACCUUCAAGAUUUCAAAGAGAUCGAAUGCAAGAUUUUUAUGACCCCACGUGGUUGUCGUCCUUCACCUCCAACCCCUAUCGCCUCGCCCUACCCUCCCGCAAUGACCAAGAUAGCCGCCGCUAUGAGGGACCCACUGGUCCAACCCUAGGCCUCCUGUCACAUGUGGUGUGC